CCACUAUUGAAUAGAAUUUCAUAAGCCCUUACAAUGUUCCGCAAUUUAGCAAGCUUCUGAACUCCGAGAUGAAAGAAUCCACACUGAUCCUCCUUCAAUGCUUCGCGUGACAGUCCAUGAAGAUGUCAACCCUAAGCCCUGUACGGCAGGGCGUCAAUGUUAGUGCCCUUCUCCCCGCAUGUGUGUAACGUAAUGGAAGCUGCUUGAUCUCCAUCACCCAACGCGUUCUUUUCCCUUCCCAGGCUUCAACCUCUUCAGCACAUUACAAAUCAUCGUUCGCCUAUUCAUCACUGUCGUCACCUCGCCUCCACCCAACGUCUUCCAAAGUGUCGAAAAGAAAGGCUUCGAACGAUACUCUCGUUCGCCCGGAGAAGCUCGCAACUAUGGAUACCACAAAGAUGCAGAUCGAUUCGCCGGCCGAAGCUCCGAGCUCUACCAUCGAUGAGGGACUCUACAGUCGUCAGCUAUACGUGCUUGGCCAUGAGGCGAUGAAACGCAUGAGUCAGUCGGAUAUUCUGAUCGUUGGACUCAAGGGACUCGGUGUCGAGAUCGCAAAAAACAUCUGUCUUGCCGGUGUCAAAUCCAUCUCCCUUUACGAUCCGGGCGCCGUCGACAUCGCCGACUUGUCGGCACAGUUCUUCCUUCGCGAGGCCGAUGUGGGGAAGCGACGAGACGAGGUUUCCGCCCCCCGGUUGGCCGAGCUCAACAACUACACCCCAGUAGAAGUCGCCCCGUCAGAUGUCCUUGGCCAAGAUCUGUCGCAGCUGUCGCAAUACAAGGCAGUUGUCUUGACCGACUAUCCUUUGUCCGAGCAGCUCCGGAUCAACGAAUUUUGUCACCAAAACAAGAUCGCCUUUGUAUCCACAACCACCCAUGGUCUCUUCGGAAACAUUUUCUGCGAUUUCGGUGCCGAGUUUGCGGUCGUUGAUCCGACUGGUGAGACCCCGGUGAGCGGAAUCUUGGCGGGGAUCGACGAGACAGGAUUGGUCACUGCUCUGGAUGAGAGUCGACACGGAUUGGAGGACGACGAUUAUGUCACCUUCAGUGAGGUUCAAGGGAUGGACAACAUCAACGGUGCAGAGUUUAAGGUGGAAGUCAAGGGACCGUACACCUUUUCCAUCGGCGAUGUCUCGAGCUACGGAAUGUACGUGCGCGGAGGCCAGUUCACGCAGGUCAAGAAGCCUAAGAUCAUCAACUUUAAGUCUCUGGCGGAACAGCUCGCCGCACCAGAGUUCGUCUACUCCGAUUACGCCAAGUUCGACAGGCCGAUGCAGCUUCACGUUGGUUUCCAGGCGGUUCAGCAGUUCCAGGAGGCACGUGGAUCGCUGCCUCGUCCCAUGAACAAGGAGGAUGCCGCUGAAGUGUUCGGCCUUGCCACCAAGAUCGCGGAGACCUACGGGGAUGCAAAGCCGGAGUUGGACCAGAAGCUUAUCGACGAGCUUUCUUUCCAGGCUAUGGGUUACCUGUCUCCGAUGUGUGCGUUGUUCGGCGGAAUGGCAGCCCAGGAGGUGCUGAAGAGCGUGUCCUGCAAGUUUGGACCAAUUGUCCAGUACAUGUACUUCGAUUCUUUGGAGAGUUUGCCGACUUCUGUCACUCGGUCCGAGGAGACUUGCAAGCCGUUGGGUACUCGUUACGAUGGCCAGAUUGCUGUGUUUGGAAAGGAGUUCCAGGACAAAAUCGCCAACAUGAAGCAAUUCUUGGUUGGAGCUGGUGCUAUCGGUUGCGAGAUGCUCAAGAACUGGGCACUGAUCGGUCUGGGCACUGGUCCCAAGGGCAAGAUCUCGGUCACCGACAUGGACACCAUCGAGAAGAGCAACUUGAACCGACAGUUCCUUUUCAGGCCGGCUGAUGUUGGAAAGCUGAAGAGCGAGUGCGCCGCGACCGCCGUGCAGGCGAUGAAUCCGGAUCUGCAGGGCAGGAUUGAGACCAUGAGGGAUCGUGUGGGUCAGGACACGGAGAAUGUCUUCAACGAGGACUUCUGGCAAGAGCUCGACGGAGUUACAAAUGCGUUGGACAAUGUUGAAGCGCGAACCUACGUCGAUCGCCGCUGCGUUUUCUUCAUGAAGCCACUUCUCGAGAGCGGUACCCUCGGGACCAAGGGAAACACGCAAGUGGUGCUGCCUAGGAUAACCGAGAGUUACUCGAGCUCCCAGGAUCCUCCGGAGCAGUCCUUCCCUAUGUGCACUCUGAGAAGUUUCCCAAACAGGAUCGAGCACACCAUCGCUUGGGCUCGUGACGUGUUUGAGAACUACUUCGUCCAGUCGGCAGAGAAUGUGAACCUGUACCUCUCGCAGCCUAACUUCCUCGAGUCCACCCUCAAGCAGUCCGGCGACCAGAAGCGAAUCUUGCAGACCAUCAAGGACUACCUCGUCUCUUAUAAACCCAUCACAUUCGAGGAGUGCAUUGUUUGGGCUCGCAAAGAAUUCGAGGAACAGUACAAUAACAACAUCCAGCAGCUUCUGUUCACUUUCCCGAAAGAUUCCGUGACUUCGUCGGGAACCCCGUUCUGGAGCGGACCCAAGAGGGCACCUAACCCCUUGACGUUUGACGUUUCCAACCCGGAGCACAUGCUUUUCGUUAAGGCUGCGGCUAAUUUGCACGCUUUCAAUUAUGGUAUUAAGGGCACCAACAUUGACGAUUCCACUUACCGAAAGGUUCUCGACAACAUGAUCAUUCCUGAGUUCACGCCGAGCUCCAGCGUGAGGAUCCAGGCGAAUGACAGCGAGCCGGAUCCAAAUGCCAACCAAGGGUCCAGCUUCGACGACCAGACCGAGCUGAACAACCUCGUUGACAGCUUGCCCCCACCAAACACCCUAGCCGGCUAUAGACUCACCAAGGUAGAGUUCGAGAAGGACGACGAUACCAACCACCACAUGGACUUCAUCACUGCCGCGUCCAACUUGAGGGCCCUUAACUACAACAUCCCUAUUGCCGAUAAGCACAAGACCAAGGGAAUUGCUGGCAAGAUCAUUCCCGCCAUUGCCACGACCACUUCGUUGGUCACUGGUCUCGUCUGUCUCGAGCUCUACAAGCUCAUCGACGGCAAGAACAAGCUUGAUGACUACAAGAACGGUUUCAUCAAUCUUGCUCUGCCGUUCCUGGCUUUUAGUGAACCCAUUGCCAGUCCCAAGGGCAAGUACGUCGGAAAGAACGGAGAUGUCGAACUGGACAAGCUGUGGGACAGAUUCCAGUACGACCAGGACAUCACUCUCCGGGAGUUCUUGAACGACAUGGAGUCAAAGGGUCUGGAGGUGACCAUGUUGAGCUCUGGCGUUAGCUUGCUCUACGCGAGCUUCUUCCCCAAAAAGAAGAGGGAAGAGCGCUACGGAUUGAAGAUGAGCAAGCUCGUCGAGUUUGUCUCGAAGGUUCCGGUGCCGGAGCACACCAAGAACCUGAUCUUUGAGGUGUGUGUGGACGACCAGUCGGGUGAAGACGUGGAGGUUCCUUUUGUCUGCAUCAAGUUGAGGUAGAGUUAGGGGUGUUUUGCAGAAUGCGUUGGAACGUGAAUUCAUGCUUGUUUGUAAUUCUUAUGAGCUGUUGUUCUGGGUGGGACUCCCUACGUUAGAGAAGAUUUCUCCCCCCAAUAAGAACAAAGCCGAG